AGUGAUCAACUGAAGAAUGUAGCAAUAAACCAACUUGAAAUCAGCGUCAGAGAGAACUGAGGAUUAUGGCUUGGAGCAGCAGUGCAGAGAGCUGUGGGGAUAGCAUCACGGAGUUGUUUAAGCAUCUCUGUAAGCUUCACUGUGUAUCAGAUAGAAAAGUGUCCCUACAUCGACCAAAGACAUCAACACUCCCCACCCAGAGAAAAGCCCUCAGAACUCUGUAUGAUGUCCUCUUUGAAUAUCAUCUGGGAGAUCUCAAAUAUUGUGACAGACUUUCAACCUUCCAUUCCAUGACUCCAGACUUGUGGAUGUUUGAGUACAUAUAUGAUCUUAGAAGGGGAAGACAAUUUGACAAAGCAGACAAACUAGAAAAACUGUUUACACAUCUACAGAAUGAUGACAGUGUAGACUUGUCCGAGAUGGACUCAGUUUUGACCAUUCUUCUUCUAUUGGCUGAUACCAGUCCAGCAACAGGGUCCCACACCAUAGGACACGAAGAUCAACACCUUCCAGUCGUUGUCUACAGCAAAAAGGAUGAUGGUCAUCUCCUUCCUGAAGGUCCUGUACUCUAUCGGGACUCUGCUGUAUACAAACCCGACAGUGCUCACUACAUGCAUUAUCCUAGGAGUUUGUUUGAAGGAGAACCAUUAACAGAUCUAGGAUAUCUUUCAAUGGAGAGCUCGUUGUCAGAUGACCUUGACCUUUCGUCAAAAGGUUCCCUGUUUGGAGGUCUAGUCCAGCCUAAACAGAUAGCCCUAAAUGACAGACUAGAGUUACCUGACUUUCCAGAAAGUGGGAUAUUUGAGAUUCACAUUCCUCAGAAGAGGGAGAGGCAGGCUCCCCCUGUAACCCUGGAUACCUCGGUGAUGUCCAGUGGCUUUAUAUCUGACGUCCAGCUCAGGCCGAGCACGACCCACUGGGACGACUGCCUGAACAUGACCCAGAGUCAGUUCUUCACAUGGGACAAGCGAGGGCGUCGAGGCCCCACUGAGAGACCUUACAUGACGGAACUGGGACAGCGAGGGGUUCAGGAGUGGAGUAAAAUCAAGAGGAGGGAACUCUGUCUGUUCUCCCCGGACCUCCAGCCUCCCCCGGUCAGGAAGUUCAGCCCCAGACAGGUCACCCAGGACCUCCUUCACCUAAUGAUCGGCAUCCCCUCCCACCUGUUUAUCAUCAACAAGGAGUUGCAGACUUUUUACCUGGGGGAAGGCUGUGAAUUACAUGGCCUGACACCAGAAGCCUUUCAGAGUUUUGUUGGUGAUUUCAUUGAUUGUGGAACACGAUACUGCCGUCUGCGAGCUUUUUGUGCUUCCAGCACGAUUUACAAUGGAGGAUUGAUUUUCCAGGCAUUUCUUGUUGCUCUGAAUCGUGUUCUCCAUCACUAUGCAGCAGUUGUCCUGUCCAUUCAGAGUCUAAACAUCCUGCAACUCAAGUUCCUCUGUCACAAGCUUUUUGCUCAGAUGAAAUAUUUAUCCACAAUGUGUCAUUGUGAACAACCUGUGAGAAUGCAACAACUGGAGGCAUUUCCAAAGGGAGUGGAGCUUUUGAGUUAUCUGUACCAGGAAACAGCAGACUCAAUAAACACUGACAACUAUCCCAUGAUGCUCUCCAUACUACAGACUUCCUGUGGACCGUAUAACCUGUUUGUGAAGGAGUGGGUUUAUCACGGCGUUCUCAGUGACACUUACGGAGAGUUCAUGAUCACUGUUAAUGAUGACUACCUCAGAUUUAGGGACAAGCAUUACUGGAGCCACAGCUACACAAUGAUGGAUCAUGAUGUCGAGUUCGUCCCGGGAUUCCUCCAUAACUUAGCCAGUGAUAUUUUUAUUUGUGGGAAAUCCCUCAACCUCCUAAAGACAUGUUCUCCACAUCAUUUUCUGUGUGAAGUGAAGGAGCUCGACAUCCCCAGAAUCUCAUUAACAUUCUCCGACAGUGAACUCCGUAAUACAAUGAUACAGUGCCAGAUGUACAUCAGCAAGAUGAAGCAGAUUGCCAGACAGCAAACCAUGUCAAGACAAGCGGCGGAGGACCAGGUCCGAGAGAGGAAGAGAGAUCUGAUGAGACGAGCCAAGGCGGCGGCUACAAAGGAAGUGGAGAGGAUACAGGAGGCCAUCUUAAAGAAGAGAACUCUAGCUAAUGCCAAGAAGAGAGAACAGUUUGCCAUACUAAAGAAGCAGAUGGAAGAAGAUCUCCAGAGGCGAUCCGAUUCUGUUUUAAUGGAGAAGAAGGCAGACAAAGAGAGAAUGGAGCUGUUACUGAUACAAGAAAGAGAAAUGACAGAAAAAGAAAAAGAGUUAGAGGCUGAGGCAAGGGCUGAGAUCAUAGAUUACUAUGCCAAGCUGACCAAGGAAGCAACAGAACGAGAGGAGAAGGCAAUGUGGAAGAUAAGACGCUCAGUCCUCAAUGAGGCCAGACGUAACUUCCUGUCCGAGGACGAACAAGCAUGGAGGGAGGAAAUGGAGGCCAAUCCAGAGGGCAGGAAGAUUGACAGAGCCUUGUGGGAGAACAAGAGGUCGGACGAGGCAGAUCUUGAUUUACCAGCGUGGGCGCGGAGAGUGAUAGCCAAACCAGCGCCAUUAAUACCAGCCAUAGAGGAACCAGAGGAGGUUCAACUCCCUGCCUGGGCUGCUAGAAGACUCUCAAGUCUGGAGAAGGAAAGUGGUCAUCUAUCAGAACACCAGCCUGAAGUGUCGCGAGGGAGGAGGGUAAACAUGGAGAGUGAAGAAUCCACAAACAAGCCUACCAUCCAUGUCUUCCCCGAGCAUCAUCCAUCUAAAGAAACUACUGACCUUACAUCAGCCAAACCACACAUUCACAUUGUGUCUGACAGACAUUCCUCUAAAGAGUCGGAACCUAUAAAGAGUACCAAGAUCGGAGUUAAGCUCUCCAGUCAUAUGAGUGCAACAACUGAGACUGAAUCUAAGGAAUACAAACCCCAUCUAAAGUCACAUGGUGAUAGGAACGCCACAAAGGAGUCCACAAAAACUAAAGAGGUCAGUUUCCCAAAGCUUAAAGGUCAGGUUGGGACAGGUGUAUCAGCUGAAACUCAAGGGAAAGAGUGGAAAGUGAAGCCAGCUAGUCUGUAUGGACACGUCAGCCAGCUGUCUAAACAGGAAGUCCAGAUCAACGUCCCACGGCUCAAACGCCCAGAGGAAAUCUACGCAUCUCUGGAAUCUGACUACAAGGACUUUGGAAUCAAACCCAGAAUUAAAAUGAGCAAAAAAAUGUCUGCCACAAAGGAAUCGGAGGCCAGUGAUGCUCCAAGGUCAGGAAUCAAGUUCUCUAGUGUGAUGUCAUCCACGAAGGAGUCUGAGUGGGUAGAUACAGACAAGGCCAGACUGGAGAAAUUCAAACGACAGAACGUCUAUGGUCACUCCUCAGACUCUACUGUCCAGGCCCUGCUGUAUGGAUUGAAGAGAGAUAAAGGUAGGCAAACUUAACAUUUCUUAAAUUUAUUUGAAAUGUCUUCAUCUUAAUAAUCCUUUAACUCUAGUAAAUAUUCACCCUGUAAUAACUUUGAAAUAUGCUGCCAGCCCCCUGUUGUUGAUUUGCUAAUGAUGUCAUCAGGUAUGGUUUACGGAGGUCAUGGGGAUUAUGGGAUAUCUCAGAUGACAGAUGUGGAUGUGUAUGAUUAUCUGCCCCUGACAGAGAUCAUGGAGAGAUGCCUUACCAAGAUAACUUAUGUAACAUUUCCCUUGAUUUCAUUGGUGAAUGAGAGUCUGUUGGAUUACUUCUUUGUGGAGCUACGUCUUAUGGACCACUUUAAAGCUCUGAGGCGCUACCUCCUUAUGGAAAAUGGAGACUUCGCUCAGAUGCUGAGUGAUAUGUUGUUUGAAAAGAUUUCUUCCCCUGUAAGUGCACGAGAGAUGUUGACACCCCUGUUUCUAAAUGGUGCCUUAUCCAAGGCACUCAAGUCCACCACACAAACAGAUGAUAAACUGGCUGAAAAUCUCAGCUUUGCCUUCAAGUAUCCUCCAGGACAUAUCCCAGCUAAAGGGAGGUCUGUUUUAGACUGUAUGGAACUUCGUUAUAUAGUAUCCUGGCCAGUAAACAUUGUAAUCACAGAGGAGUCUGUCAACAAAUACAACCAGAUCUUCUCCUUCAUGGUGCUACAGAAACAAACGGUGUGGGUGCUCAAAGAUGUCUGGCAUAGACUCAAACGAGCAGCUCUUUUUCACAAAGCUGGCAAUGCCUCUCAGUUCCGACGUCUACAGCUUUACAGACAAGAAAUGCAGCAUUUUGUGAGAGUAAUGCAGGGAUACAUUUCACAUCAAGUUAUUUUUGUCACCUGGAACGAAUUUAAAGCUUCCCUGAAGUCGGACGUACAAAACCUGGAUGACCUGAUCCGAGUUCAUGACGACUACCUUGACCGUGCCAUAUUCAGGUGUUUGUUGAACACAAAAGCAGCCAAAAUAAUGAAGAUAAUGCGUGACAUGUUUAGCCUAAUCCUUCAGUUCCGUACUCUGUUAGUGGCUGCAGACUGGAGGAGGGAUAAAACCACGGGGGAGGUAUCUCAUGCCAACUUCAACCUCAUGCUCAAGUGUUUCCAAAAUUUCAGGCAGUAUUCCAUUUUUCUCUUCAAAGUGAUCAGUAAACUUGUGAAGCGUGGCUACCAGUCACAUCUCCAGGACUUCCUGCUGCGACUCAACUUCAACGAUUAUUACCGAGACACAUAGCCAUGGACCCUCCACACAGACAAUGUUGAUAUUCAUUAACACUUUAAACAGCCUCAAGUUCUGUGAUAUACAAGUAUAAUAUCUGUUAACUUUUAGACACUUCUUAUUUAUUUAUUAUGUAUAAUUUGAAUAGCAAUAAAAUUUCUAUUCAUUAAAGGAUU